AUGGUCUGCGAGUAUGACACCUCAAAACGCACCGGAAGGACGCCAUAUCAGUCGAGCAAAGCCGCCCAGCGCGACCGACAAGCUACGGACGCCUCGACCAAUACGGCAGACGAAGACGUGCUGAUGAUCAGCAUGUCUGAUGUAGCCCCAGAAAGCAUAGCACAAGACAGCCAGUACCUGCUUGACCAACCGAUGCUACCAUCACCUUUCGACUUCGGCAACCAAGAUUUGUUCACUGAGAUGGACUUCAGUACUGGUAAGUGGGACGACUUUUUUGACUCGCCGGUCUCAACGGAUCCUGGAUUCCUUGGCGACAGCCUCGACUACUUCUCCCUUCAGUCCCAGCAGGCCACGCACUCCAGUACAGCUGUUGCACCGCAGAGACCUCGUGCACACAUGGACCACCAGAAUCACUCGAUCUCGAAUACUGCUGGCUCCACAUCGUCGGAGAGUAGAACGCAGGAUCUUCAUCGGCAGAAUCGAUCAAUGCUGGACAAUGGCACUGCCAUGAUACCCGCGAAUGCCUUGAACAUCAACCAUGAGUCCGAUCUGGACUUGGGAACCUUUCCCACCCCAGCCGCCCCGCAGUGUUGCUUGACCACAACGCUCGGAGUCAUUCUACAACUCAACCUGAACGACUAUUUUGGUUGCACACGGCCAGAGUCCAGCUAUCAGCCUCAGUUCCGACGCAAUGUGGAUUAG